AUGGCUGCUCCCCUCCUCCUCCGAAGUCUGCCUCUCCUCCACCGCCGACUCAUCCAACCCUACCUCCGUCUUUGGCAUAUAAAUGGCUCGAUAAUAUCUCUUCGAACCUUCUGCAACCCGGCGGUCUCCACCACCGAUUCAACUGGCUCCGACGGCAAUAAAAGACCAUCACUUACCCAGCUAUUUCUCACCAAAUCCGUGAAAAACCCGCUCCAUUACCCAGGAUGCGACGACCCGAAUUUUCAGAAAUGGAAGGUCAAGGAAGCUGAGAUACUCGGGGAUAUUGAGCCCACUAUUUGCCUCGUCAAAGAAAUUCUCCACUCUAAUAGAUAUAUGGAUGGAGAACUUCUUAGCCCGGAUGAUGAGAAAGUUGUUGUAGAUAAGCUUCUCACGCAUCAUCCUCAUUACGAGGAUAAGAUUGGUUGUGGACUUCAUUCGAUUAUGGUUGGCCUGCACCCUCAUUUCAGUCAUACGAGAUGUCUCUUUGUGGUCCGAACAGAUGGUGAACAGAUCGACUUCUCCUACCAGAAGUGUUUACGAGCCUACAUCGGGGACAAAUAUCCUUCUUAUGCCAAUAGAUUCAUAAAACUUCACUUCAAACGUGGCAGUGGCUGA